AUGAACCCACCACAGCCAUCCAGGCCAGGCCUGACCAUAACAAGAGCCUCCCAACACCACAUCCCACCCAUCAAAUCAAUGGUGGACUCCGCUUACUCAAAAUAUAUCGAACGAAUUGGCAAACCACCAGCACCAAUGUCAGCAAAUUACCACGAACUCAUUGAAACACAUGAUGUCUUCAUUUUACAAGAUGACAAGAAUAUAAUCGUGGGCUGCGUCAUUCUUGAUGUUAAUCAAAGCACAUGUCUCCAUUCGGUCGAAAUCGUCAACUUGGCCGUGGACCCCGCGGCUCAGGGUCGUGGGUACGGCCGCGUGUUGCUAGACUGUGCGGAGCAUGUUGCGCGAGAAAAAUGCUGCUCUGCGCUGACGCUUUACACCAAUGUGAAAAUGUAUGAGAAUUUGGGAUUGUAUGUGAAGAUGGGGUUUGUGGAGACUGGGAGGAGGACUGAGGAUGGAUUUGAGCGGGUGUAUUUUCGCAAGGAGUUGUUGGGUUAG